UGGGCUGCUGCGUCCUCACCGGCCCGCGAACAUGCCCCGGCACCGUCCUGCCCAGGGAAUGGCGUUGUUACUGCCGGUCGCUUUGUGGAUUUUCUGCCAUGUCAACCCUGUUCGCGGAGCUUUACCAACAUCCCCAAAAUGUGACGAGGCCCUGGCGUCCCCUCUGCCUCACACAGCCUUCACCAGCUCAUCUGUUUUCUCCAAUGGAUACGCAGCCGGAUACGCCAAGCUCAACAGGAGAGGAGGUGCCGGUGGCUGGUCACCCCUGGACAGUGACCAUUACCAGUGGCUACAGGUGGACCUGGGUUCCAGGAAGCAGGUGAGCGCCAUAGCGACCCAGGGUCGCUACAGCAGCUCUGAUUGGACCACACGGUACCGUCUCCUCUACAGUGACACAGGACGAAACUGGAAACCAUAUCACCAGGAUGGCAAUAUUUGGGCCUUCUCUGGGAACUCCAAUUCGGAGAGCGCCGUUCGCCACGAGCUGCAGCAGGGAAUCGUGGCUCGCUUCUUCCGGCUCGUCCCGCUGGACUGGAGCGAGGAGGGACGGAUCGGCCUGCGCAUCGAAGUCUACGGCUGCUCCUACUGGGCGGACGUGAUCAACUUCGAUGGACAGGGUGUGAUCUCAUAUCGUUUUAAGAUGAAGAAGAUGAAGAUCAUCAAGGAUGUGAUUGCACUGAGGUUCAAGACGUCAGAAAGCGAGGGUGUGAUCCUCCACGGCGAAGGGCAGCAGGGAGACUACAUCACCCUGGAGCUGCAGAAGGCAAAGCUGCUGUUGCAGAUAAACCUGGGCAGCAACCAGUAUGGCUCGAUCCUGGGUCACACCUCCGUGACCACUGGCAGCCUCUUGGAUGACAAUCACUGGCACUCAGUGGUGAUCGAACGCUACCGCCGCAACGUCAACUUCACCCUGGAUAGACACACGCAGCACUUCAGGACCAACGGAGAGUUUGACCAUCUAGAUCUGGACUACGAGCUGAGCUUUGGAGGGAUGCCAUACAGUGGGAAGCCAGUGGGCGGCGGGAGGAAGAACUUUAAAGGCUGCAUGGAGAGCAUCAACUACAAUGGAGACAACAUCACAGACCUGGCCCGCCGAAAGAAGCUGGACACCUCCAGCUUUCGCAACCUGUCCUUCUCCUGUGUGGAGACCCACAGCUUCCCGGUCUUUUUCAACGCCACCAGCUUCCUGCAGCUGCCGGGCCGAGCCAAUCACAACACGGUGUCUGUGGGUUUCCAGUUCCGCACGUGGAACCCCGACGGACUCCUCCUCUUCAGUAACCUGGACGACGGCACGCUGGAGAUCUCCCUGGACGACGGCAAGAUCGUGGUUCAUAUCAACGUGUCGAGGGCGACCACAAACAACCAGGUGGACUUAUUAACAGGUUCCGGCUUCAACGAUGGACAGUGGCACGCGAUCCGUCUGGUGGCCAAGGAGAACUUCGCCAUGUUGAUGAUAGAUGGCGACGAGGCGUCCGCUGUGCGCUCCACCUCACCUCUCUCCAUCAACACCGGGGGAACCUAUCACUUGGGAGGGUAUUUCCUGCAGACCCUGCUCCCGCCCUCCCGGCGUUCCUUCCAGGGCUGCAUGCAAGCGAUCCUGGUCGAUGACCAACUCGCCGACCUCCACGCGGUGGAGAAGGGCACCGUGGGCGCAUUCGAGAAUGUCAGCCUGGACAUGUGUGCCAUCAUAGACAGGUGUAUGCCUAAUCACUGUGAACACGGCGGCCGGUGUAAGCAGACGUGGGACAGCUUCAGUUGUACCUGCGAUGGAACGGGAUACAACGGAGCCACGUGUCACACUUCCAUCUAUGAGCCCUCGUGUGAGGCCUAUAAGCAUUUGGGCAGGUCCGCUGACACCUACUGGAUCGACCCUGACGGCAGCGGACCCCUUGGCCCCUUUAAAGUCACCUGCAACAUGACAGAGGACAAAGUAUGGACGACAGUGAUGAACAACCUGCCACCCAAAACUACAGUGACCGGCUCGAGUAGAGAGAGACGCACGGUCCUGCAGGUCAACUACAGCGCCUCUAUGGACCAGUUGACCGCCAUCACCAACAGCGCAGAAUACUGUGAGCAGCAGAUCGUCUACAGCUGUCAGAAGUCCAGACUGCUCAACACGCCAGACGGGACCCCCUACACGUGGUGGGUGGGCCGGGGCAGUGAGAAGCACUUCUACUGGGGAGGCUCGGGACCCGGCAUCCAGAAAUGUGCCUGUGGCAUCGACAGAAACUGCACCGACCUCAAGUACGACUGCAACUGCGACGCCGACCUGGCACCAUGGAGAGAAGAUUCCGGUCUCCUGGUUUAUAAAGAACACCUACCAGUCAGCCAGGUUGCCGUGGGUGACACCAACCGACCAGGAUCUUCAGCCAAGCUGACUGUUGGACCACUGCGUUGCCAGGGAGACAAUAACUACUGGAACGCCGCCUCGUUCACCACGCCCUCGUCCUACCUGCACUUCGCCACCUUCCAGGGGGAGACCAGUGCAGACAUCUCCUUCUACUUCAAGACCAGCGCACCUUAUGGCGUCUUCCUGGAGAACCUGGGCAACGCCGACUUCAUCCGCUUGGAGCUCAAAUCUCCUAAGGUGGUCUCCUUCUCGUUCGAUGUGGGGAACGGACCCGUGGAGCUGACGGUGCACUCGGCCGCGCCGCUCAACGACGACCAGUGGCACCGCGUGGUGGCUGAGCGCAACGUGCAGGAGGCGGUCCUUCAGGUGGAUCAGACCUAUCGGGCGUCCCGGCUUGCUCCCGCUCAGGGGCACACGAGGCUGGAGCUCUUCAGCCAGCUCUACGUGGGUGCCGCGGGGGGACAGAGGGGUUUCCUGGGAUGCAUCCGAGCCCUGCGGAUGAACGGCAUCACGCUGGAUCUGGAGGAGAGGGCCAAGGUCACGCCCGGGGUCAAGCCCGGCUGCCAGGGCCACUGCACCAGUUUUGGAAUGUACUGCCGGAAUGGAGGGAAGUGCGUGGAAAGGUACAACGGCUACCUGUGCGACUGCACCGCCACCGCCUAUGACGGCCCCUUCUGCACCAGAGAUGUCGGGGGUUUCUUUGACGCUGGAACACUGAUCAAGUACAACUUCUUGCCCGAAGCGGUUGCGGGCGCCAGUCGGGACGCAAGGAUCCGGACGCACCAGCUGACGCCACACGAGGUGAAUCUGACAAAGGAGGAAAUUGCUUUUAGUUUCAGCACAUCCAGUGCUCCCGCCAUUCUGAUGUAUGUCAGCUCCAAGACGCAGGACUCGCUGGCUGUGGUGUUGCGGCACAACGGUUCAAUGCAGGUGCGGUACAACCUUGGCGGCCUGCAGGAGCCAUUCACUAUUGAUGUGGACCAGCGGAACCUGGCCAAUGGACAGCCUCAUAGCAUAAACAUGUCCCGUGUCAACAGAAGCAUCACCAUCCAGUUGGAUCAUUACCCUCCAGUCAGCUACACACUCCCAGACGCCUCAGACACACAAUUCAACCUGGUCAAGACGCUGUUCUUGGGCAAAGUCUAUGAGACCGGACACGUAGACCCGGUCCUCAUCGAGCGUUACAACACGCCGGGCUUUGUCGGGUGCCUGUCGCGGGUGCAGUUCAACGGCGUCGCCCCCCUCAAGUCUGCGCUGAGAGCAGCCGCACAGGCCAAGGCCACGCCCACAGACGCUCAGUCGGACAGACAACCCCCCGCCGCACUGCCGGUGUCUUACCAGGGCAAACUGGUGGAAUCCAACUGUGGGGCAUCACCUCUCACCAUCCCGCCAAUGUCUGCUGCAACAGAUCCCUGGCAUCUGGACAACACAGAUGCAGAGCUCCCCUUUAAUGAGGAGAGAGUGAUUCCUGAUGGAGUCAACAGGGACUCGGCCAUUAUUGGAGGCAUCAUCGCGGUGGUGAUCUUCACCAUCUUGUGCACCCUGGUGUUCCUGAUCCGCUACAUGUUCCGUCACAAAGGCACCUACCACACCAACGAGGCCAAGGGCAGCGGCGAGUCCGCGGCAGAGUCGGCGGACACGGCCAUCAUCAGCACCGACAACCCAGAAACCAUCGAAGAAUCAAAAAAGGAGUGGUUCAUCUAACAGCCAGUGGGCGGAGGACUCGGGGAGAAGGAGGUGAUUCGUUAUGACUAACGGUCGCCACCGAAAGGGGAGGAGGUAUCAUUCAGCGACCAAUCACGGGGGAGACGGAGGAACGGCUGCUCGAGCAGGACAAUAAUCUCCCGGAGCGGGCGGGGGGGGAUGUGGGGAAGACGUGUACAGGAAUCUUUUUCGUUGGUUUGUUUGUUUGUUUUAGUUUUUUUUAUAUAUCCAGAGUAUUAGAGAGAGAGGACCAGUUAUUUAGCGGGGCACAGCUAUAAGAGACUGUACUUGUAUAUACUAACCAGCUCGUCCUUCUUUGUAUCGUGCUUGGGAGUUUUCAGGAGUCCUUUGAAUACUGUAUAUGACAAAUAAUUAUACUCACCGGGUCAUGUGAUAGCACAGAUUUAUCUGCAGUCUCUGUUGCGUUUUGAUUUUAUUUUUUAAGAAAAGUCUUAUAUUAUAAAUGAUCAAAUCGACAUGCCAAACCCUUUUUUUUUUCUUACUUCAUCAACCCUCAUGUAUGCCACUAAUACUGCGGUGAUAUCGAGCUGGAUAUGGAUGCCAAAAUUCACUUUGUAAAUAAUAGUUUGUGUUAUUUUCUUUUUCUUUUAUUCAGAUUUAUUCAGAGUCCGAUAAAUAAACACUAAUGAGAACUGUAAGAUCUA